GCACGCCAGAGAUCGUCCACAGCAGCAGCAGCAAGAAGAAGGAUCUGAGUAGCUACCCCCCCCCCCCAUAGUCGACCCUCCAAUCUUGUCCACCCUUCCCGCUGGCUGCGCGCAGUCGGCGUCGUUCGCGAAGCGUUUCGUGGGCGAGAAAGGUUCCAACAACCACCACCACCACCGUCACCACCACCUGUGUUGGCGAGGCCUCGCGAUUCUGCCCCAUGGCACAGAGGCACGGAUACCGCAGCAGCAGCAGCAGACGCCACCAGCGUUGAUCGGACGACCUCCGCGGAGCCUUCGAUUCGGCGGACCGCGGCUCGGGCCUCGCCGUCGCUGUGGCGGAGCUCCCUCCUCCUCCUCUGCCGGCGCCGGCGGCACCGGCGGCGUGCCCCCAGUCCCGGCGGCGCUGCGGGGGCAGCGGAGGGCGACCGUAGCCGCCCCCCCCCCUCCAGCCGUGCCAGCCAACCGGACCCCCCCCCUCUCCUUAUGCCGAUGUUAGCCUGCCUGGGCGUCAUGGCCGCCACCAGAGACGGCAGGGUGAGCGCCGGCAGCAGCGGCAACGACAGCGGCGACGGCGGCGGCGGCGGAGGAGGAGGAGGUGGGCACGGCGGCCGCGGCGACAACGGCGACGGCCGGGCCGCGCCGCUGCCCAACGGCGGCUCGGCGUCGCUGCACCGCUCCGGAUCGGUGAACGAGGGGGCGGCGGCGGCGGCGGCGCCGGCGCCGUGGUGGGAGCUCGACGAGGCGGCCGUGAGCCAGAGUUGGCCGCGCGAGCAGCCCGGCCUGCACGUGCGGCUCUACCACGACCUGCAGGAGGCGCAGUUUCUCUCCUUCCCGCCCGGCGAGUACGUCGCCGAGGAAAUCUGCGCCUACGUGGCACGCACGAGAGACAUCCUGCUGAUGUACCACAGCCUCUUCGCGCUCUCCAACGAAGACGGGGCCCUCUGGUAUUCCCCGAGUCACAACUUCAAGGUCGAGCCCUCCGCCUCGGUCAUCGUCACCUUCCGCAUCCGGUUUUUCUUCCCCCACUGGCACGGAGCUGAGGGUCCGUGCGCUCACAGAUUCAGCCUGUCCAAGGACGGGGAGAACGGAAUCUUCGACGACCACGUCAUGAAUUACCUGUACUGCCAGGUCCAACACGACUUUGUGAACGGGCGCGUGUCGCUGAGCGACGUGGCGGGCGUGGAGGAGGAGUGCCUGGGCAUGGCCGUGCUGGACAUGAUGCGGCGUGCGCAGCUGCAGAACAUCACCCUGCUGCAGGUGUUCAACAGCAUGAGCUACAAGAAGUGCCUCCCAGUGGGCGUGCGUAGCCGCAUCCAGAGCUACAACCUGCUGACGCGGCGUCGCAUCCGCAACCGCUUCCGGCGGUUUGUGCGCCGCUUCGGGCAGUGCCGCACGGGCCUGCGCGACCUCACGCUCAAGUACCUGACCAACGUGGAGAGCCUGGACCCCACGUUCGGCCAGGAGGUGUUCGCCGCCAAGCAACCCACCGACCACAAGCCGCUGCUCGUCGCCGUGUCGGCGCAGCACGGCGUGCAGUGGCGCUUCGACGGAGAGACCCCCAUGCCCUUCCAGACGUUCUGCGACUUCUCGGCCAUCACGGACAUCAGCAUGCACGCGGCCUGCACCCCCAAGGACGGCUGCAUCGUCACCAUCAACCGCCAGGACUGCAAGCCCAUGGAGCUGGAGUUUGCGACCCUGCAGGAGGCGCAGUCGGCCAUCUGCCUGCUGGACGGCUACUACCGCCUCACCGCCGACGCUCACCACUACAUGUGGAAGGACCUGGCGCCGCCGCGGCUGGUGGAGCUGUGCCGCAACUACUGCCACGGACCAAUCCUCUCCGACUUUGCGGUGCAGAAGCUCCGGCGCUUGGAGCACGGGGAUGGGCACUUUGUGCUGCGCUGCAGCCCCAAGGAGCCGCACCAGUUCUUCAUCAGCGUGCGCGUGCGGGACAACGACUUCAAGCACUGCCUGGUGAGGCAGGAGGGCUCCAAGUUCGUGCUGGUGGGCGGGCGGCGCUCCUUCCCCACGCUGGCCGAGCUCGUGGCGUACUACCGCUCGGAGACGCUCCGCUCCGACGGGGUCACCUUCCGCUUCACGCACUGCUGCCCGCCCAGACCCAAGGAAAAGUCUAACCUGCUCAUCGUCCGGAGCAACGACGCGUCGGAGAUGCCGAGCUCUCCCACGAUGCAGCGCAGCGUCGGGCGCAUGCAGUUCAACAGAGUGAGGAGCGAGAACCUGGAGCAGGAGCGCCACAUCGGCAGCGGCACGCUCACCGACCUCUACGUGGGCGUGCACAAGGAGAUGAGCGACUACGGCGAGCUGCGCCGUGUCGACGUCAUCCUCAAGGUGCUGAGCAGCCAGCACCGCAACUGCUCCGAGUCGUUCCUGGAGGCGGCCAGCAUGAUGAGCCAGCUCUCUCACAAGCACCUGGUGCACAUGCAUGGGGUGUGCGUGCGGGGAGAUGAGCAUGUCAUGGUGCUGGAGAAAGUGCGCUUCGGCUCGCUGGACACCUACCUGCAGCGCCACCGCCAGUCCGCGCUAGCGCUCAGCUGGCGGUUGCAGGUCGCCAAGCAGCUUGCUUGCGCCAUGAGCUUCCUGGAGGACAAGGGCAUGGUGCAUGGGAACGUGUGCUCCAAGAACGUGCUGCUCACCAGGGAAGGCAACGCCCGGGACCACACGCAGCCGUUCAUCAAGCUCAGCGACCCGGGAGUCAGCAUCACGGCGCUGUCGCAGGAAGACCGCGAGGAGCGCAUCCCCUUCCUGCCGCCCGAGUGCCUGGAGGACCCGCGGAGGCUGAGCCUGUUGGCCGACAAGUGGGGCUACGGCGCCACGCUGUGGGAGAUCUGCAUGCAGGGGGAGCGCCCGCUGCACAAUUUGACGCGCGAGGAGAAGGUGAACUUCUACGCGCGGCGGCAGCAGCUGGGGAAGCUGUCGUGGCCCGAACUGGCCGAGUUGAUCAGCAGGUGCAUGAACUAUGACCCCGAGAUGCGUCCGUCCUUCCGUGCGGUCGUGCGGGAGCUCAACAGCCUCAUCAACUCAGGGUACGAGGUGCUGCCCCUGCAGGACGAUCGCAAGCCGGAGGAGCCGGUGAUUGCCUACCCGGCGUGGACCGGCCUGCAGGACCAGAACACGUUCGAAGAUCGCUACCUGAAGUUCAUACGCAUCCUGGGAGCGGGGAACUUCGGGACGGUGGAGCUGUGCCGCUACGAUCGCCUGGGAGACGACACGGGCGACACGGUCGCCGUCAAGAAGUUGCAGGGCAACCCGGAGCAGUCGAACGCCGACUUCGAGAAGGAGAUCGAGAUCCUCAAGUCCCUGCACCACGAGAACAUCGUCAAGUACCUCGGCGUUUGCCGCGGGACCGGUGGGCGCAGCCUCAAGCUGGUGAUGGAGUACCUGCCCUUCGGCUGCCUGCGCGACUACCUGCUUCACUACCGCGAGAAGACCGACCAGAAGUGCCUGCUCAUGUUCGCCUCGCAGAUCGCCAAGGGCAUGGACUACCUGACGACCAGGCGCUGCGUCCACCGCGACCUGGCGACGCGCAACAUCCUGGUGCAGAGCCACACGCAGGUGAAGAUCGGCGACUUCGGCCUCGCCAAAGUUAUCCCCCAGGGCAAGGAAUACUACAAGGUCCAGCAGCCCGGCGAGAGCCCAAUCUUCUGGUACGCGCUUGAGUCGCUGAUUGAGAGCAAGUUCCUGGCGGCGUCCGACGUGUGGAGUUUCGGCGUCGUCCUCUACGAGCUGUUCACCUACAGCGACAAGAACAAGAGCCCUCCACAGGAGUUCAUGCGGAUGAUGGGUGGCGCCAAGCAGGGCCAGAUGGCCGUCGUGUUGCUCAUCGAGCUGCUCAAGAACGGGCAGCGGCUUCCCCGGCCCACCGAGUGCCCCGAGGAGGUGUACCGCAUCAUGCUAGACUGCUGGCACACGGAGCCACCGCAGCGGCCUGGCUUCCGCGACCUCCUGCUGCGCAUCGACAGCAUCCGCGACAAUAACCCGCGCGGCUGAUGGGGCCGGCGCGUGGUGCCACCGUGGAGGAGAUGCCCGGCGUGGAGUCGUUGCGGCGAGAGGGAGGGCGGGCGAACGAAGCCAAGGGUUGCACUCGCCUUGUCUCCGUCGCCCCGACGAGCGGAUGUUUGCGGACCCUGAAAAAAGCUAAAGCCAUCCCCCCCACCCCUAAGACGGCAGCUCGUCACGCAGGAGCGCUGUCUGCAGCACAACACCCAUGGCCUCCUUCUGCAGGCGGGGGCCACGUUCAGUCUGCCAGACUUUGUCUGUCGUUACGACGGACACUUUUUUUUUAUGUCGCCGUUGCGUUAGGAGGAUGGUGGUGAGCAGCGCUCGCUUGCCGUGUGUUCAAGGGCUUCUCCGUUGCCUUGUCAAGAGUUUCGGGCUUCAGAUUUUUAGCGUCGCUGGAACCUGGAUUCUCCCUGCAGCUUUCGCUGCGACGGAACUGCACCUGUAAAUAUUGUUUGGAUUUUUGGUCCGCGUAGCCUGGCAACCCUCCCACCGCCGCGUGGUUCAAAUCUACGCGCGGAUGAAAAUGCAACACAAACAAACCGCAGCAGGGCAAGACUCAGUGGUGGCAGCAGCAAAGAAGGCCAGAUUCCUGAACUUCGACUAGAUUGCCUUCAUGAAACGAUGACGACAACAACGAUAAUUUAGAAGCCGCAACCAGUUUUCACGCCAGUGGCCGGCACCCAUCAACAUUUAACUCUGCUGCACUCGCCUGCGUGUCCACGCGUGGCACGAUGUUCACGGACCCUUGCCCACUAUAACAAAGCGCGCUUAAGCUGUGAAGGGACGGGUUGUGGUGGUGGUGGGGAAGGUGUUUCACUGUACGAUCGCGAUACCCUGAACUCCCAACACCCUCGUUCGGUGACAGCAACGCCCUCGGCCACCGGAUUCCUCUCUCUCCAAACGUAUUUCGGGAAUCGCUUGUAAGACUAGAGAGUAGGUGGCACAUUUAUUCGUAGUAAGCCACAGCCAUAGCGAGGUAUACUGGAUGUGGUGUGCCGUGUGGGGAAAUAUUUUCUGGGUUGUUCCACCCCAGGGCACCCCCCCCCCCCCGCCACCGCUGAAGUUGAUUCUUCAAUUCUGGGUGCCCGACCUUUCCUGCCGGGGGCGGGGGUACAAUGUGAACCCUGACCUCCCAUUGGCUAGCUCAGUUCUCACACCUCCCUCCUGUCGACGAAUGGCGAUGGACGUCAGACGCACAAUUAACCCAUCGUUAGUGCCACCUCUGGCCCUGCUUGGCCCUGAAGCCGGAUUAAGAUGUCUUGCGGGGUCGGCGUAUCACAGGCACGGGCCUGGCUUUGCUUCAAAAUAUAACCAAUGGGGAAAAAAAACCUCAUUACCCAGAGGGCACCUGCCCCCGCCUCCGAUGUGCCAGUCGAAAAGGGGCAUUUAUUGCCGUGAAGCCACGGACCCUCCGGCGCUCUCGGCCUCCCCCUCGUCGCGCUUCUGCCCCAUCGCUGCGGGCAGCGGGUUUCGUCGCUUCACCUAAAAAAAUAUGUAAACCAAAGUCAAGGCUUGGGGUCAGUACGCUCUGUAAAUGGCAACCGCGCUCGCCGCCCAAGGGGGGAGCGGUGGCUGUGGGGGCGCACGCAGACUCAGCGACGGCUCCGAGGCCCCAAGCAACUCAAGGGGGGCACGUGCGCCACGUUAUCGGCUUGCAUGCAUAUCCUAAUAAACAGAGCAACAAGCCAGUUAAAUCUCUCUCCAUCUCACUACACACAUCUGUCGCGGAUCCUUCACUUAAAGCUAGCUACAUCCGCUGUCGCUUGUCAUCUCACUUGGAGUUUAUAAUUUUAAGAGAUUCGGGGGGGUGGGGGUGGGUAUAAUCAUUUGUUGCUUAGGGUCCCCUUCCCACCGUUCCAGUUUGCGAGCACCACCACCACAGAUGGGGGCGCUCUGGGCCUGAGCAACCUAGGGGCUGCCUGAUAGGAGGAGGGGUGGCACGCAAGUUUCUGAGGGGGAAGACGGGGAUGGCAUGAGCGGAGGGGGGUGAGGCAGACGUCGGGAGUAGACCUUUGAGAAACAAAUAGCCGGCAAGGAGUCAAUUACGCGGAGUGCCAAGGAGAGGGGAGAACGAGGUGGGAAUGCAACAGAUCAUUCGGUCAUGAUGAUGAUGCUGCUGCACAGACGACGCACAGAGUAAAAAAACACAUUCGUCAAUAACGCUGUGGGCUUUAAAAAGAGCAAAUACAUGAUUGGCGACAGGUCAGAUAAUAGCCCUUCCCAUCUUAGUAGCACAUUAAGUCUGCAUCUUGAGAGGGUGUCCUGGGAAAACCAGGACAGGUGGCAACCGUAGGGAACAUGGAGGUUGUGGGUAAGAGUUGUUGCAAUGGCAGUGACGCAGGGCGGUUGAAAUAUGGAAUCCAUGCUGCUGUUAUGAUUUUGCCCCUUGAAGGUUCCAAAUUCGUGCGUCUAUGCAUUCCUAGGAGUGUUUUUCUGGCCGUACCCGAGUUCACUUUUGCAGGAAUAAAAGCGGGGACUAAGGGCCAAAAACAAAAAAGGAGAACGCGGAAGAAGAAGAAUAAGACGCGUCGUGCAGAAAGUGUUUAGACUCGGCUCUCAACAGACGAGCGCUUUGGGCCAGAGGUCAGAGGAGAGGGGGGCAGGUGUAUGUCUGUGGCAAAGGGCAGCGCACGUGGUGGUGGUGGUGUGGGGGGGGGUCUUUAAAGGGGCAGAGAACUUAGAGGUCGUGCAUGCGCGUGACCCCUGCGGCAACGCCUCGUGCGCUCGUGCCGGUUUCGACGGGCGAGGUGGGGGGGGGGGUUGUACCGCCGUCGAGUGGUUGCUGCGUCGUCGUCACCCGCGGCUCUUUAUACUGUACGUGCGCGCUCGCGGAACGCAUCCUGCAAGUGGUGCGCUAAAAGCGGCAGGCAGACAAAGUUGCGCCGCCGUUCUUCCCGCUUGAGGGCAUUAUAGCUGGGGGGGGGGGGGGGGGGGGGGGCAUUCUGGUGGUGUCUGCGAUUGCAAAAAAAAACCCCGGGCAGAAAUGAUCGUCAAUGCUGCGUGAAUCAGGCCGCCGAAAGAGUGAAAAGCAAAUAGGAUGGGUCUGGGGCUGCCAAAUAUUGAGGGGUAGGGGAACAGCAGCAGCACACGGAGCCAGCCAGAUUUUCAUAGCCUCUAUCACAAACCCUAACAGCGAGUCAUAACAGCCCACAGUGCAACUGCACUCACCUAUUCUCAAACCGUGAACCACACAGUAACCGCACUGGGCAUGCUUAGAUAACGGAGUCCAUGGGUGUCCACGCAAGUCCUAACCUCUUCGCAUCUCAAACCAUGGACUCCACGCGGUCAUUCGCCAGGCCAGAUGCUCGGAUUCUCGCCGGCUCACUUGCCAACACGAACACACAAGAGACGUCCCCCCAUCACCUCACCGUGCGAGUUGAGAGCUCCAAACAAACCGAGUCGUCGACACAAGACGAGAGCCCAGCAGCAGCCGCAGCAUCUUCACGGGCGCUCGCCCCGAAGCGAAAUCACACAUUGGAACGUUGUUUUAAAACUUCAAACCAUGCCGGCCUUUUCAUUUUUGUUGUUGUUCGCUUUUCACUUUUAGCACCAUUUUGCUUUUAAAAUUCGAGGACUUGUUGGAUGCACUGAAGGUGACUGGAGAGCCAGAAUGUUGUUUUUUUACUGAACGUAUCUAUAUUAUAUCUCGUCGUCACUUG